AUGUCUUAUGCCCUCGCCGCGUCUCACUCAUUUAUCCUCCUCAUCACUCUUACUCCCUCCAAAGCUCUCGACAUCACUGUCCUCUCAACUCAUCUCAAGUCCGCUUCGUCCUUCUCCUCCCGCCACGCCGUCCCGUGCGUCGGCAUCACAAAACCCGCGGGGAUCUCCUGCUUCGACAGCUCGAGAUCCUCGUUGACCAAGCCCUUGUACUCGUCGGGUUGGUCGCCCAUGCAGCGUGUGGAAACCGUGCUGAUCUCAAUCCUCUCCCUCCUCAACGACGCGGAAGUCUCGUCGCCCGCCAAUGCCGACGCAGGCGUAAUGCUGCGCAACAAAUCCGACGAGUACAAAGGCCUGGUUAACAAGGAUCUCGAGCUGUCGAAGCAGGAGAUCCCCGCGGGUCGUUAG